UUAGGGGAAUUAAUCAAAAGAAUAACAUAGUUAGAGGUUAGUUCUAAGAUAUCACUAUACACAUACACGCUACACAGACAAUGUUAUCUAGAAUAUCGGUAAGAGCAUUGGCAUUACCAGCUGUUGGUGCUACUCGUGGAAGUAUACGUUUACUUUCCGUUACUCCUAUUCGUUACCAAAGUUCAGUACCAGAUGUUACUCCAACUACACCAUCAUUCACAGGAACAGAAAUUGUAAGUGGAGCUCCAAAAGAUUUAAUUACAUCUCGUGUGGUUAGAAUUUAUCAAGAAGCCAAAGCUGCCACUCAAUCAGGUCAUCAUAAUGGAUCCCAUUGGAAAUUAGAUUGGGAUGUAUUAGGUCAAGGUAAUCGUUGGGAAAAUGAUUUAAUGGGUUAUCAAGGUAGUGCUGAUUAUAUGCAAGGUACUAUAAUGCAUUUUGAUACUAAAGAAGCUGCUAUUAAUUUUGCUGAACGUCAAGGUUGGGAUCAUUAUGUUCAAGAACCUAAAAAGAGACAUUUUAGAAAGAAGGAUUAUUCGGCUAAUUUCUAUCAUUCAGCUGGUCCAUUAAAGCAUAUUAGAACUAAGUAAGUGCUUAGAACUUUUGUCACUUGUUCAUUAUCAAGAAAGAUAACUAAAAAGAGCAUAGAUGGGGAUUCUCCCAAUCAGUUUCUUCCUUUAAUGACAUAUUCAAACCAAAACCAAACCAAACCAAAUCCAUUAUUUUAUUUCUGUAUUUUGCAUACCAGUGUACAAUAACUCAUUCUUUAUCAUUUAUCAUUUAUAUAUGAUUCUUAUUAUUAUUCUUCUUUACAAUAUAAAAGAUCCAAAAGUAUUAAUAAACUGUAGUUGAUUGUAGAGUAAUUAGCUUUGAUCGUACAUUAU